UUGGUUGGCUGAUCAUGCUUGCAAACAAGGAAGCUCACAUUGAAAAGCAGUGCAGUAUGGCAGAUUCCUUAAGAUAUAACAAGGAGAGAGAGGCUAACUUAACGCAAAGUCAGUAAAUAUUACACUUCCACAUGUAAAUAUGACUGAUCAGAUGCACAGAUCAGGCUUACUGACAACCUAAAAAAACCAACAACAGAUAAAUACCAGGAAAUUAUGAGAAACUGACUCAUUUCCUACACAUCUGCUUGUGGUAGAAUCAUAAUUGUCUCAAAAAGUUUCGUUUUUAGUCCUCUGCAACAUCUGUUUGUGUGUUUAAACAUUUAAAUGCCCCAAAUACGGAACUUCUUUGAAAGUAAUAGCAUUAUUUUAGCUUUAUUUCAGACUUUCAACUUUUAUUGUAUACCUAGCAUUUAUAGGAUACUGACAUAAUCAACAGCUCAUAAGUACACAAACUCAUGCACUAUAUUUUUAAAACUGUUAACGCUUUAGCUACUUAGUUUAGCUUUUUGUUUAAUUGGUCAGAGACUCUCUGCACUAAACAUUAGUCUCAGUUACUGAGAGGAAAUGCACAUCUCCAAAUAUAGCUUAUUAGCUAGAUGUUAUCUGGAAUAUAGAUCAGGCAACACAUCUUCUUGCUUUUAGUUCUUUAAAUAAAGUCCAUACAAAAAAGUUGGUGUUAGGGCUGCUCCUACAUUUGUAUGGCCUUCUCAUUGUACAGUAGUGGAUCAAUGACAUUUAUAAACAGCAAAGGCUCAACGAUUUACUGUUGAUUAAAGAGCCAACCGACAGACUAGGGCAAAACUCUACAACUCAUAGUCCUCAAGAGCCCACUACUAUAAAGAGUGUGUACAUGCUGGGCUUAAAGGGAUGUUGCGGCAUAAAAUAAGUUAUGGUCAAACACACCAUAACGCCGAGUUAGAAACCCCGUCGAUAGAUGAAUAUUGCCGACUGCUUGCUUGUCUAGAUAUACCAACUGUAGUAACGACCGCAGGAUAGCGAUACACAGCAGUCUCAGGAGCCAUAAACAAACCUCAACCAAAACGCCACUCCAUAGUGACAAAUAAUGCUCAGAACAGCACCUAACUUCAUCAACAGUACAUAUAGGGUCCCAGCCACAGCACCAGCCAACAAACAUCUUUUUAAUUUUACCUAAUUUCUUUAGCAAAGAGACUAAACACAACUCACCAACUCUCUUCCAGCAGCCACUUGUUUGUACGGAGACCUUCGGGCCAGUCCAUUAUGGACUGCUGCGGGGUGACGCAGCUCAAGAAAGAACAUUAAUGAUCAUUACUUCAUGGAAAUGAAAUUAGACUGAGAUGCUGAGGCAGAAGAACUACUGUCUCUGUAGUGCAAAAUGAUUAUUAUGGUGAUUAUUACUUCAAUGAAAUGAUAAAGUAAUGAUCAUAAAAAGCUUGGCUACUGUUAUGUGCCUCCUGCUGUGCAAUGUGCACUGAGCAUCCAAAGCGCGGGUAGUUGUGGGGAAAAUGUCGCAAAAAAGGACAUAUCCCUCAGGAGCAGAGAAAAGAAAGAGGAAGAAGAGAAAAAAAAAACGCCAAGAUAAAGGUAUGUUUGUAUGUCAUGGAGUAUUAAUCAGUGAGAUUUGUGAAGGUGUGUGAAUGAUCAAUAAUCAAUAUUACUGGCAGAAAUAGAGGGCCCCAAAAUCAAAUUUUGCUUAGGGCCCCAUUGAGGCUUGGGCCAGCUCUGUUUCACAGAUUUGAACACUUUCCACUAAAUGUUCACAUAAGACAGGCUAAUUAAAGACUUGCUCUGGCUCUGCAGGUGUUUAUCUGCAGUGACAGUCUGAUGAUGUGAUGAGAACUGCACCCAGUUUCGCAGUUUCUUUUUAAACAGUCACCAAGGGUCCCCUCAGCACUAAGCAGCUUUUUACACCAGACGACACCCCCCCUUCCUCCUCCUACCCUCCUGCCCCCGCUCUCUUUGAAGCAAAGCCCCGCCCCUGACCAGGUUACAGGGCGGGGCCUAUCUCUGCAAAGCCGGGAGGCAAGCAGAGUCUCUCUCACCACAGCUGUGCUCAGCUCUCGGUCGGUUACUGUUAUACUGCGUUUUUCCACCCGGCAGUAGGAUACAAAGAGAGAGGAGUAGUGACAGAGCAUGAGCGCGCCGGGGACGAAACCUAACCGGACUACUAUGGUCUUCUAACCCAGACACGGAUACUCUUUUAUUCAGACUGGACACGGAGCUCGACCGAUGUAUGCACUGGAUUUUACCCACCAAAAAGUGUCGAGACCAGGGGGAGAGGGACCAACUUUACCGCUCAGGUAGGCAGGCGGGGGGAUUCUGUCGUCUCAGUGUCUGAAAAGUGAGGAGAGAAAGGUAUCGUCGUCUUACGGACUCCUGGCUCUCUGCGCUAAAACAAAUCACCCUGCCGUCAUUUCUGCUGCAGUGGGAUUGUUUCACGAGAAAAAAAAACUCCGCGACUCUCUUACAGCGACAGACCCAGGAAAAAGAAGUGUGGAGGGGAGCCCCGUUUCUCUUUUGUCAUUGCUCCGCCGCAGUGUCUGUGUAGGGCUACGUAUCUAGAGAGUGUGUUUGUGUAUUUGUGUGUGUCGGUCGUAGCCUACGUGCAAACUUGCUCGGGCAGCAGUGUGUAAACGGCACGUAGACGACGGGGCCGCAUAUCGGACUCCCGUGAUCAAAAUACACGGUCUCGAGAGAGAGAGAGGUUUUUGUUACAGUGAUGAUUUUAUCGCUUCUGAUGGAGUCGCUGCUGUAAUUGCGGGUUUGACGUCGUGGAGAGAGAGAGAGAGGGACCAAAAAUACAGCAUACAUGUCCAAUCAUUUCUCAAUAUCCCUUCGAUUAAUCUGAAACUGCUGACUUCCAGAGCUUACAUUCUGUUGCAGCAUUGGGUAAUAUUUUCCACCUUGCUGUAGAGAGAGUAUGAACCCUUCUCGUCCCUUACUAAGAGCUACUAAAACAGGUUCCUCCUGCGAUAUUCCUCCAAGGAUUUCUUUUAAUUGUAGCCAUAUUGUUCCUGUUUUAUCUGCAGGGUCAUUAUGAGAUCAGCAUGUAGGCCCAGACCGGUUUCGUUUUAGCGUAUGGAGGGUAAGGGUUUCCUUUCCAGGAAAGGAAAGAUGAGUUCGCAUGUUCGUUUCCAACCUAAAUGCGACCCCACGCAGCCGAGUCUGGGGUACAAUUGGUCGUUUUUUAACCACGUUUCAUUUUUACCUUACCUUAUACCUUGCUUGGUAUCUUAUUUUUUCCAGAACAUCCUCACCUGUGUGAAUUUACAGUUAUUUUAUCAUUUUGACAUACUGUAUUAACACACAAAACACAAAAUCAGAGUGGAAAAAAGUAACAUUUUUUUUACUGUAAAAACCACAAAUAUGUUUAACAAAUCAUUCUCAUAACUUAGACCUGAAAUAAAUUGUUAACUUCAAAACAUAUAUACAAUAUUAGCAGAUAACACAGUAAUUUACCAUUAAAUACAAAACAAUGUAUGGUCUCACAAAUGUCACAUUUUAUUUAUGCCAUUGCAAAAAAACAUGAUGUAAAAAUGAUGUAGAUCCUCCUUCUCUAUGUCAGUCCACUUGCAUUUUUGUUUGUGUUGCUGUAGAUUGUUCUGACUACAAAAGAAAAAGGUCUUUUGGACUUUGGGGGGAAAGUGAAACUCUAGUUUUGUUCGGUUUAUCAACACAAUUUAAAAACCGGUAUAUUGUUUGAGGUCCAAGCUGACACAGAGACUCAGCCAGGCUUCGUCUAGUAGCUACAGCUUCUUAAAUAUGUCACGUGAUUUUAGCGCUCAGGAGCGUCAAUCGACUCCGGAGGGUUCGGUUCAAAGUCCGUGUGACUUCACCUUGGAAACUGAGGGAUUAUGAUGUGUUAACUCUGAUGACUACCUAUUUCUUUUUCUGUUUCUCUUUCAGGACUCUCGGGGUUUAAGGGAGGGGGGAAAUGGAUAAAACUUUACAAAUUCUCCAGAAAUCAACAGACGGUGUGCCGCCUGGGAUGUCCCUGGAUGUGAGUUUAAAUAUGGAUGAAGGGGAAGAUUUCACGGAACAGCAGAUAGUGGGGCUCCAGGACAAAAUACCUCUGGUGAAACCGUAUUUUAAGAAGAAGCAGAGGAAAUUGGAUGCCAAAUGCCUCCAUCGUGCCCUAGAGGAUCCUAUACUGACCACCUUGCUGAGCACGGACACGCUGGUCUCUGGGGAUGGGGUGUUUGUUCCCCGGAACCAGUCGAAUCGGACCCCCAGCAAUCUGUGUACAGCAGCUGUGGUGAAACAGAAUUGUAUAGGCCAGGUGUGUCUAAAAGAUCCAGGAGCUGCUGACGAUGCCACAGCUGGGGCUGGGGUUCCGGGGUUGAUGACCCGGGACGGUGACGUGGAAAUUGCAGAUACUACUGCGGAGCUGGAAGAGACUGAGCGACGAGGGGAACGACCCAAGAUCACUGAUCCGACCCCCGACAGCCGCUGCUUUCAGUCGAAACCUGGCCUCAGGGCGACUGGGAGCACAGUGACAAUAACACCUCCCGUCAGGGACUUACCUCCCACAGCUGCACCCCAGGCCUCUCACCAGGAGGGGGGAAACAAAAGCAUUGACCUUUUAACCUCUUUUGCUAAAAACCUUCCAGUAAAAGAUAGCUCUGGCCUUCAGGAUUCCCUUCCCCUCCUGCUUCAGCCCGACAAAGGAGUGUUAUUUCAGGAUAAAAGUGAAGAGGCUUCUCUGGACCUGGUUUUUGAGCUGUUGACCCAGCUCCAGUAUCACACGCACCAGUCAGACUCAGUGGACAUUUGUGUGGAUUUUCUUCAAGGACAGUGUGUUUAUGGCAGUGACUGUGCACACCACCACACUGUCCUGCCUUACCACUGGCAAAUCCGCUGGAGCAGCAGUCAGAAGUGGCAGAGCAUAGCAGAUGACUCCCAGGAACAACUGGAGAGACUGUACUGCAACCCAGACAAUGAGCAAGUUAGGCUCAAAUAUCAGUAAGUAAUCCUCUUGUAGUGUUUACUUUUGUCUGCACAGUGUUUCAUCUGUAACAGUAUAUGCUGAAUGGCAUUUUUCUAUCAGGUAGAAAGCAGAAACACAAAAUUUCUGCUGUGCAUCUUUACCGGCCACAGUUUAUUACCUUUUAGUUCCUGUAAUUUAUAAUGUGGAACAGAAAGUGUGAUGUUAAGUUGUGAGGGAACAUCAGAUAAGAAUGGAAAUUCUGACAAAUUUUGAUAACGUUGAAAAGUACACUGCACUCACAUCAGUCCCUAUUCCCAAAGUUUGGAGAUACUCUAAUAGUGUAUUGUUGUCCCGUCAUGAGUUUUGAUGAUUUAGCAAAUAUUUGACACUUGUGACAGGGUAACAACCAUGUAGUAAGCUAUAGGCUGCUUGUGAACAGGAAACAUUACUGGUUAGAUGUGUUGAAAAGUGUACCUAGGACCAAGCUUUCUCUUGUGGUCUCAUUACUGGUGACAAACUCACCCCUUUGAGUCCACAGCUGCUUUCUCCAUAUGUGGUUGAUUAUUAUUUUUUCCCGAUCAGAUCUUGACACAGUAAAAGCCCGGAAUUGACGCAUGUGUCAUUGUGUGUUCCAGUCUAUCUAGCUGUGUGUCUUGUAGUUAAUAUGUAUCGUGACAUCUUCUGUGCCUUCGUGUAGACAUGUCAUGUCAUUUCCCAGCUCUGAUAUCAGUUAUCUGUUUCCUGUAUUUCCCUGCUCCCAAACUCACCCUACGAUUGGUUGGAACUCCAUCCACACCAGACUUUACAACACUUAUGGCAGCAAGCGGUGAACUUCCAUGACCCUCGGUUGCCUUGUGCGGUCACUGACACAGACGCACUUGGCAGCCUCUCUCCCUCCCUCAGUCAUAGACAUGCACACCACUGUGUACACACACACACACACGCAGCUUGGCACGCAGAUGCUCACACGAACUGACUGUACAGAGGAGCUCAGUGGCUUGCACUGCUCACACGCACGCCUUUUAGCAGACAGAGAUAAACCUCUCUUUCACUCUCUCACACACCCACAUAGCUACGAAAACAUGCAAGCACUCGGCAAGCCCCAGUGGGGGAAAUAAAGGAGCAUGCACCACUUCCUGUGAAAAUGUACUGUCACACACUCGCACUCACGCACGAGUGUGUCUACAUUGACUUUUUUUUUCAUUUACCUGAUUUCAAACGUCGCCUCAUAAUAGAAUUUCUUAACCCAUUGUAUAACUUCAGAUACUGUUAGGGAUCAUUGGCAACCAGCUGGUUUGAGUUUGUUCUGUUAGACACAUGUCUUUGUGUGAUCAAUCUGCUACUUUUUAUGAAAAGUAACUUCUAAAAUUCCUUCUUUUGACUGUCAAAAGUCUUCAAGUUUUCUUUUUAACAUAUCCUCAUAGCCCAAUGUGACCGGUUAAUUUAAACGACCAGCAGCUCAAAACAUUAAAACCUUCCAUACAAGACAAAGACAAUCUCUGGAAGACUAACAGGGCAAUGUUUCGGUAACAGACCCAGAUUUUGCAAAGACUGAAGCUUUUGCAGUUACCUAAUGAAAUGCAAGAAAACAACUAGAUUCCUGGCAGAAAUGUAAACCAAGUUUCGAGCAGAAAACCAUCAAUAAUAUUGGUAUAAUCAACCAUUGAUUAGAGAAAUGUAACACAAUAAGAUAAUAACAAUAGUUUUUGUUUUAAAAAAGACAAAGUAUAAGAAAAGUUUUCUGUUAGAGUUUUAAAUAUUAAAGUUAAAAAAUUUUGGUGCACCCCUUUAAAGUGUAUUAUGUAAAGUAACUGAUCAACAAGAAUAUAAAUUCACAUUGUAAACAUUAACUGACUCGUCAGUUUACUUACGCAAAGUAAAUCCGUUUACUGUCAAAAACACAGUCAUACUCUCUUGAAACACCCAUUGGUUUCUGAAGAAUUGAUUUGAAGCCUAUGGGCAGGGAAUGCCGUGUCAGAAAAGAUGACUCAAACUAAUUUUAGGUCUUCCCACCAUGAGACAGAGACGAGGCACGCCUUUAGCUUCCUCACUGACACCUACAAUGUGCCUGACAGUGAAUCAGGUCAGCCAAGCAUACAGUUAUGCAAAACUCAAACUUCAAACCUUAAAAAACGAUUGAGAUGAAACAAAAUUCCCAUACUGUACAAUGUGUUUGGAUGAAGAAUUUAAAUAUUUAGACCCAAACUGUGUUGGAACCAGGCUGUAUAAUGUCUGGUUUACUUAAAAAUUGGCCUCUUUUUGAUUGGGUGUGUAUGGGCUUCUCGUGCUUUUACACUCAUCCUCAAGUGGAUACUCAAGGAACUGCAGUUUUUAGCAUUUCCAUAUUAUCUUCAUUUCUCAUAACCAGAAGUUGCUUCCUGAGAAGAUCCCCUCUCUAAAUACACAAUACACACACACUUGACUCAGAGGAAGUGGGACAAACAGAUUUGUAGACCAUUGAAAUUUAUAACACAAUGAGAAGGAAAUAAAGUGGACAGAAACUGUUGCAAGCCUUGAAAUACCCAGUCAUCAUAGCUUGCUAGCUUACCACGUAGCUUCUGACGAAUAAGGGUUGAGAGUAGUGUUUGGUAUCAGUCUGGGAGCAAACCUUGCAUUUUUUUUUGCCUCUCCAUCAUAUUUAUUUUUAAUUCCAGUUGUCGUUGACAAACUUCAUGUCAUCGAAUAACCUUAUUUGCACAAGACAUUUAAUAAUACCAUAUACAUGUUAUUUUCUGCUAAUGCCAAGGCAGGAAAAAGACUUCCUGAAAACAGUUAUAAAUAAGUUUGAAGGUUACUUUUAACCAAAAAACUAGGCCAAUGGUUUAUUUUAAGCUAGCGUAAGAUUAAGUUUAAUUGGAAGUUAACUUUUAGUAAGUUUUAAAGUGCGGGUGUAUGAUGUAAAACCAGCAAAAGAGCAGAUAGCCAGUGUUUGCUAAAGGUAUAGAAAUGUCCCCAUUCAGACAAAAUACUGGUAAAAUUAAAAAAAUAUAAUUGUAACCUUGGUGAUGGUACAUUCUUUAGUGUAAUCAGAAAAUUUUAAUCUCUGUGUAAGCAACUUUUUCCACCCUUCUUUACUGGAAUAGGGUGAAAGUGCAGUCAGUUUAAACAGUAAAUGGCAAGACUUUACGCCAUCAUAACCUGGAACUACAAACUACAUCCACACCCCCGAUCACAUCAGCAGAUCCUCAGUUUGGCCUUUGAGCUGCCAUGUGUGUUUGUCUUUGUUUAUGUUUGCGUGGACAGCACACACACACACACAUAGACUCACGCACACACACAGACACGCACACACACAGGUUUGCGUGUUUACUCAAAGAUUUGUGCGUGUCCGUGUGUUUGACUUGUUGACUCAUGUAUUCAACUGAAACUCUAUUCAAAGUGCAUAUUGCAGCACAAACAGGAUAUGCACCUGGUGGUGUCAACCCAAAUUCUUCAGAGGCCUUUCAGAGUGUGCAGCACUUUCAUAUAGUAAGACAGGACCAUCUGGCUCUCUUGCCUGAAACUGGAGUAGAAACAAGAAAAGCCAGAAUAUUGCCUCGGUUGAUUUAGCUUAAAUUCAAGGGUACAAGUUUGACCAAAACAUACUGUAUCUUUAAAAUUGUUUCAGUCUACUUUGGAAGUGAGAUAAUAACCAAAUUCUGAAUAAGUUUUCCAUAACUCUACCUCUCCUUUUACUAGAUAAAGAUUUAUCUUUUUUUUUUGGCUUUUUAUCAUGAUACUCUGUUUACUUUUACUCUAGGCAGGAACUGAUAGGUGGUCUUCCUGCUUUUGGUGUGUGUUUAUUCUAGUAAUAUGUUGAUGCUGGGAACAUUGAGUAUUAGCUGUAGGUCUGUAUGAGCUCAGCAGCCUGUCAGGUGAAGAGAGACAAACAGGAACGUCAGUUUACCUUGUUCACACUGUUCAAUCAUUUACUCGGAGCUUUGUGUCGCACUAGGUGUGUGAGAACCCUUUUAGAAACCAUCUUUGAAGACACUGUCCGUACUUUGUUUUCAUUUGCGAAGGUAUCACCAUGGUUACCGCAGCCAAAUGAUAACAUUGUUAAGAAUCUAAAGGGCUGUAGAUAACUUGAUAAGCUUCCCUGUAGGUAUGCCAACAUAGACCUGUUUUGCCUUCUUCCACUUGUGUGUGUGUGUGUGUGUGUGUGUUGGUUUGGAGGAAAGGGAGUGGACGUGACAUUUGUGUGUCUGCAUCUGAUUAUAUCCUGUACAGCCUAUUGGGGCGUAUGUACAAGUGUGUGUUCUGGGUUGAUAUGUUCCCAUGUGUGUAUGAUCCAUAGUGCAGGUUAAUCCCAUCCAUAUGAUAAGCAGGAAUGGAAGUCUUGCUAAUCCGCCUUAGUCAUGAGCUCAGCAGUGAGGAGGAAUGUCCCAGUCAUUUCUUUUUCUAAGUUACACUGUGAUAAUCUGCUGCUGAGCACUCACUUGUCAUUUUCAGGAAACACAAAUCACUCCCAAGUCUCUGGCUAACUUCCUAUGAAAUCGUUCUCAUCUUUGCGUAACCCUUAAGAAACACACAGUUUCAUCAAAGUCUCUGUGUGUGUGUGUGUGAGUGUGAGAGAGAGAAAUGGGGAGUCUUUUGUUGGCCAGGUGAUAAAAGCCUUGCUUGUCAUUAACUGACAUAAAGAGUCACAGAGCACCAAGGGCAGAGUGACCUGACACCAAGGUGUGUGUAUUUUUGUGUGAGUGUAUGUGUGUUGGUGUGUGUUUAUAUGGAGGGGGUUUUUCUUUUUGUCUGCGGGGGGGAUUUUAGUUCAUUGUGUCACAAAUCAAAGAAAAUCAAUUUGGGUUGUGUCUAUGAAGGCUUGUUUGCGUGUGGUGAUUGUGUGUAUACAAAAAGAGGCGGUGGCAAGAUAAUCAGACUGAAUGGAUUGUGUACGUGUGUGACUCUAACGUGUCAGACAGCUCAUGCCAUGAAUCAGUGGGGCGAGGUCUGGGUCGCUCUGUCUCUUGUUACUCAGAGUCUGCCUUCAGUUUUCUAUCAUUUUUUUUGCUUCUUGGCCAAAUCCCGGUUUUGUCAUAUUGUUCCUCACUAUAACUAUGUUCCCCCUUGUCUUCCCUUUUCCCCCCUUUUCUGCCUCUCCUUUUAAAAUCUAUUUUUCAUUUCUCAGUUGUCCCCAAAGAGCCAAAGAGGUGUGAAAGUUGUGGAGGUGUGUGUUUGUGCUACUGGUGUUUGCAUUAUUUGUGUAGUCUCACACCUUUUCUUUCUUUUCUCUUAUUUUCUUUAUCUGUGUCUCUAAGCUAAGCUUUAUUUCAAAGUCAUCCUCAUUUAACCUUUACGUGAAACAUUGUAAGAGAGUUUGAAAUACCUGCGCCACAAGACAACAUCCUGAGCUAGGUACUUUGUAGGGUUGGCACGAUAUGCUUUUCUCCCGAUUGGAUUCUUCUACGAUUUUUUGGAUGCCGAUUCGAUUUAAAUUGCGAUUCUAUGAUAUUGCCAAUUUCUCGAUCAUUAGUCUGUAUUUUUAACACCAAUGAAACAGUUAAAUGAUUAUGAUUGUCUACUGACUAUUCCAGGAACCAUAUUUCCCCCAAAAAUUCCCAUGACAUGUAACUCAGUUUCUAAGAUUAAAGGUCCUUUCACACUGGGAGCGUUUUUUUGGUGCGAUUAUUUUGGACAUCAAAAUUUUUUCGAACCCGUAUUCUGUCAACACAAGCUUUCAAAUCAGCGACGUUUUCCCGUCAUUCAAUAUUACAGCAUUUAUUUUUUUGUAUCACGGUCAAAUUUUCUAAAGUUUCACAUACUGUGUGUCCACGUAUGACCAAUCAGAUUUCGUGUUGUUGCGACGUCAGAUUCACUGAUAUAUCCAACAUGGCCGACCGGCUGAUUGUUUACGUGUCGGAGAACAGAGUGCUUUUUGAUAAAAGACACAAACAUUACAAAGAUAACGACCUGAAGGACAACUUGUGGAGAGUCAUAGCGUUGGAUUUCUCAUAUGACGAUAGUUUGUGUGCUUUAACAGUUUGCUAAACGUCUUUGUUUGUACUUUCAUCUGUGCUAACGUAUGCUAACGGUUGUUAGUAAAGUAAAGUAACUUUAGCUCGUAAGCUAACCUGUUCAGAUACAACAUACCAUAUGUAUUUUCACUGUCUCAAACUCAAUCGCGUUGCUGUCACAGCACCAUUAGGUCUCGGUUGUUUCCUUAGGUUUAUGGAUUAUAGUUUAAUGUGCUUAUCUGGUACUGGCCCCAACUCAGUACAUGCUAUCAUAAAAAACAGCCAUUUCAGCACUAGUGUCUAAUCAGACCUGAGAAACAGUCUGGUGUUGUGUCAAGUCUUCUCGCUUCCACCCGGGAUGCGUCUUUUUUUACCCCGGAAAGUUGCAAAAUCGCAUCGCGCUUGAUGUGUAUAGUCAGGCCUCGGAAUUUGCCUCCGAAUAUUUCGCGUUGUAUAUUUGCAUCGUUCCCGGUGUAUAAGGACCUUUAUUCUUAAAUUUGAAAAAAAAAAAACUCACUUUUUGAUCUUAAAAAUUGAUUUAAAAAUUGUAAAACAAAAACUUUUGAUACUCAUAUGAAUCCACUUUUUCUCCCACCCCUAAUACUUAGUGAGCGAGUGAUCAUACCUACAAAGAUUUUCUGUGUUUUUGUGAGCAGAUGAUUUUCAUGUCUUUCCGCCUCAAAAUCGAACAUCCAUCAUGAGGAAAUAACACUUACCCAUGACAUCAAGGUGUGUGCAUGUGUGUGAAUGAUGCAUUUGUCAGCAGAUGUGGUUGACUGACUGACUUAUCAAGGCGUGACUGGUCGAAGAUUGUGCGUGUGUACAUCUGUCAAAAGAAUCUGUGUAUGGUUGUGUGUAUUUGCGAAGGGGUGAGGGCCUAAUGUUAUUUUUUUCCUUGCCUGUGACGUUACCAGCAGCAUGACUGAUGCUGGUAUGCAGGUCCUUGUUGGUGCAACCGUGAGAAUAUUUGAAGGCGUGUGUGCCAGAGGCGGUGUGUGAGGGAUUAACAGCCAUUUUGACAGUGCAGUGAGUUUACUAAACCUUUAUUUAUUCUUGGAAGGUUUUGCUGAACUUGCUUUCUCAUUUUUCCAGCAACACCCUGGUUACACAUUCAGCACUUAAGCACACCGUCACAUCAGGGAGCUGCCUGAUAUAAGAACAGAGUAGGUUUGGUGUUUUGCUUAGAGGCUUUCUUUUUUAACUUUAAACAUUUAGAGGUAGUUCGAUUUUUCUUUUAAGAUUCGACCAGCUGUAAAAACAUCAACACACACUCCCUCAAACUUGCAUUUUUUCCAAUUUGUAUUUUCAGUCGACUUUGUUUCAGGAGCAGCUUGACAUUUCAAGCAUAGCAUAGUCUUGAAAGCAGUGCCCCGGCCAGAGCAGGCGUGCCUCGCGUCUCUCUCCAACUUUUCGAUUGGCCUCUUCGCCAAAAGCACCGAAUCUCAGUGCACUUAAUUUAACGGGUGGAAUUUUAUUUUUAGAACAGCUCAGAUCAGUCUGGGAGUGAGGGAGGGAGGGAGGGAGGGAGGGAAAAGGAUUCAGUCAGUGAGUGACCUCUCUGGAGAGCCGUGUUUGUCUGAGUGUGACUGUGUACUGAGGUAAUUAGCGGAGUCAGAAGGCUGCCCAUAAACGCAACAAACUCACUUGACUUCCUCGUAAUACGUGUGUAUCAUAACCCAGAAGUCAGAAGCUCCUGUGACCGUAACACGCUGUUGCAAGCAGAAACUGUUCUGUACCGAGAAGGCCUAAACAGAGAGUGAGACACGGUCAUGCAGGUGCAGCGUGAAUGUUUUCCUUUUUAAACAGAAAGUACAGAGAACAGAAAUGAGUGGACGGACUGAAAGAAGAGUGAAACAGGAACUGAGCAAAGUGAGAAAACAACAGUAAGCAGAUGAGAUCUAGCUGACUCGCUGUGAAUAAAAAGCCGUACUAUUUUCAACAGUCAUUAGUCUCUGCUUGCUACAGUCUACCUUCAAUACUCCGCUUCAAUUCAAAACCAGUGUUGACUUUGUUGACGUAAGCCAGAGAGCAUAAUAGCGUUGACAUUAGCGUGACCCUGCAGUCUUUCUGGUAAUCAGGUGAUCUGAAAACUAGUGACGCACUCCAGAGUUACUGAUAUGUAUAUUCACGUUCUGCUUUGUGAAUUUGUGUUUCACUUCCUCUUGUGAAUACUUACACUAUGACUUUGCAGAAGCACACGCUGAAUGAAGUGCAUAUAAUUAGUAUUUGCCUAGUGUAUAUUUAUGUUAGAAACUGACUCAGCGCUUCCUGUUAUCACCCUCGUGAUCGAAACGUGUGCGUGUGUUAUCCUCAUCUGCCUCUUGUCCCAGUAAUUACGCUUACAGAUUAUAACCCUUGACACUUAUAUAUUUAAAAAAUAGUCCUAGUCCAGUUUGGUCCAUUAACAGUCCAUCAAGCUUUGUGCAUGUUUGUGUUGCAGGUGUGGAGUUCAUGUGUCUCUGUGUGUUUUUGAUGUAUGUGUUAGCCUGUACACGCAUGACUGUGUGUGUGUGUGUGUGCGCCUGCCUUUCUGUCUGUCUGCUGUCUAUGGCAUAGCGUGCUAGUGUAUGAUGCCCACAUUUAUGUGAGUGGUAUGUCUGACCCAGAAAUGAUUUGCCAGAGGCUCCGUGGAGUACUGAUGCAGAGGGACUGAUGCACACAGUCACACUGAGACAGACACACAAACUACUGAUGGGGAUUUGACGCACACUUGUCGAGACGGGGAGGGGUCGGAGAGGGUGUGUUGUACAUGAUUAUGCACAUUCAUGUUUUUUGUUUCCCCUGAAUUUAGCAGACGUUAACACCUUUUCUUUCCUCAACCUUUAACCAGAGUUCUUAGUCGAAACCAGUGGUUAUAGUUUGAAAGCAGCUAAAGGACUAGUGCAUCAUUUUUGUAUGUUUAUUUCUAUUUUUGCUAACAUACAAUAAAUUUAAAGCUACCAACAGCCACAUAUUAGUUCAGUAUAGUAUUUACCAAGAUUUCAUCCAAAACUCACCUUUUAAAAAUAACAUUUUAACAAAAAGAUAUAAAAGAUAAAUUUACCUUCCCAUGGCAUUAGCUUUGUUAGCUUUGUAUGUGCUCCAUAGACAUCAAAGUACUGUCAGUCUGUCAACCUAACAACAUGAACAGAAAAGUUAAUAAGCAUUUGUCUAAUUAAAUUAUGCUACAGUGAAAAAUAUGAAAUACCUUUAAAGCCUCUCUGACAUUGUUGUGGUUUUAGUCUUUAAAGUUUGAGUUUUUAACUUUUAUAAAUCUGACCCAAAUCUUUUGUUUUGUUUUGUUUUUUAAAUCAAAAAGGUCCUGCUUGUGUCUUUGCUUUGUAUGUUUACAUGUGGUGUAUAAGUUGUGUAGUCAGUGCUAUCAUCCUGUGUGACUCACGCUGUGAAUGAGCAAUUAGAGGUUUGGUCGUCUUGCUCCAGGGCACUCGGGUUUAGCAAAGGUUUAAUCAGUGGCAGCAUAACCAGGCAUGUGGCUGCUGAUAGAAAUCUAAACUGUGACCAUUUAACAACAAGGUCACCAUGCCUCAGCUACAUGUUAGCAAACUAUGUCAAUAUGAAAUGUAUUUUUCAUGCGAGGGUUUAUACUUAAAAAUAUGUAUAUCUUUUGUUUCAGGGGUCGAGUGUUUUCCCUAGACUUUGCAGCAAUGCGAGUGUGUGACCUGGAUUUUGAUCGCGUCCGACGACUGUCCUCUCCCGCCAGCUCUUUGCCUCUUCCCACAGCAAACUCAAACCCAACUCCAAGCUGUCUCACAGUGUGGAAGUACUACUGCAGAGACAACUUUGGCUGGAGGGAAUAUUCUGAGGUGAGCCACUGAUCACAUGCGUGUUUCUGUAUGUGUGUGUGUUUGUUUGUCCUAUGACCAUGAGGUAAGACACAUUAACACCAAUCGAUUGUCUGGCCGCUGAGAUGGGAUUGAAUUAGACAUACAUACGCACACACAUAUAGACUCCUAAACACCCCUUUGUGACACAGCUGUCCCCUGUCGAUUGCUAUUUAUUCCACCAAAUCAGUAAAGAUUGAUUGUUUUCUGUCUAUGCAUGUAAACAAGUUUGAGUGUCAGGAUGAUACUUAUUUGCUUUUUUUAUCUGAACACUUUAUUAUGCACCGCUGACAUUUCCCUCUCUAAACUGUCAGCUCAUCUUUUAUCUGCUGGAUGAUUAUGCAGGAUGUUCACCAGUUAUAAACAGCUGUUUCUAAAACUGUAAUCUCCUUUUUUUUCUUUCUUCCCUUUUGUCCUUCUCUUGCUCCCCACAGCCAGUGGUAAAGCUCAUAGAGGAGGCCAGUGCGAGGGGUCUUAAGGAGGUACGAUUUAUAACGCUCCAGAACCAGUAUAUCCUCAACAUCAGGGAGGGCUUCCAGCAGAAUGCUGUCUUCGGGUUCCGACGCCAGAUCAAGAAGCGACCCAUGUUCAUGUCAUCUGUCAUGCUUACACCAGUUUUACAGUAAGUUAAGACAUUUAAAACAUUUUAUAAUGGUUAUUAUUCCUAAAAUAAUAAGGAUGCACAUGCAGAAGCUUGAAAAGGAUGUUGUCACAUUAUAUCAGGCCACAGUUAAAGCUUCAGGUAUGGCAAAUUUAGGUAGUUUUAGUGAUUGAUAGAUUCAUGUCUGACUUGGAUGUUUAUCAAUACCUUUGCUGAUGAUCUGACUUGUCAUUUUGAGAGCUUUUGUUUUUUCAGCUCUUACUAAAUAUAUUAAAAAUGCAUUCUUGAGAGCCUCAGCUGCCAUUGUGUUUUGCGCCAGUUAGCAAAUGUUAGCAUUAGGGUUGGGCAUCGUUUGAAUUUGAACGAUUUCUGUUCCGAUAUCUUGUUUCAAUUCCGAUUCCUAAUGAUUUUCUAUUCCGAUUCUUUUAAAGGCAGAGUAAAAAAAAAGAAGUAUGUUUUAGAUGAAGGCGCUAACCUCUUUCUUGAUGACAUGUCUGAUCUUCUCCAUGAAUUUUUAAAUCAUAUGAACUUUUAUUAACUUUACUAUGAAUUUCACACAGGGCUAUUUUCAAACAGUAAAUUAAUAUCAAUUUUUGUUGUCAGGUCGUUUGUCAAUGCAAAAAUACAUGUGCCAACGUCAGUGGGAUAUUUAAGUUGACCCACUGUGUAUGGCACAAUUUGUUUUCCAACUCAAUGUUAGCAGAAGACAAACGAAAUUUAUUGUUUUACUGAACUGAUUCUGACUUGUUAAGAAGAAGACUGGCGCAGCACGUCAAAGACAGGGCACUCAGUUAUUUCUACUUCACGAAUCCGGAGGUGUUUAAUCAUGUUGGUCAUUCACCCUCCUUUGCAUGAUAUAACUGUUUUGCAAAUGUUGAACCGAGACGACAGUUCAUUCUUCCUGAGAAAGUUUAGCCAAACUUUUGACCACUGUGGUUUGCAAUGCAGACACACACACACACUCCCUGUAGCCUCUUCUUUGUUGGUGUUCGGUGGCUAUUUCUCCAGGUUGACGGACUCUGAAUCAAAACUUGGAAUCAAAAUUAAAAAAUUUGAACAGUUCCCAGAGAAUCAGAAUGUUAGUACUGGUUCCCAUAGAUGCCCAAGACUCAAUGCCCAACCCUAGUUAGCAUGUUUAUCAGGUUAAUUAUGAUGCUGAAAUUAGAAACAUUUCACUUAUACUUGCUUAUAUCAUCAUUUUACUUUUGUAAAUGUGAACAUGUUAGGAUUGUGGGAAAAAAAAUCAUACUGUGGGUUGCAAACAUGGAAGUUAGUUGAAUGCAAAUGCAAAAGCUACUGUCACUGUGUGCCCUGAAAACCCAUGUCAAGAGUAACAAAAGGUCCAGUAAUCAUUAGGGAAUGACUCGCAUAACUGUAAGUCACUUUUUGUCUCAAUAUUCAAACCCCCCUCAGGUCACCAUUGUACUGCCAGAGCCUCACAGAUCGUUCCGCACCCAGAUCUUACUCUUUCUGGGAACAUUAGUAUUCAUUCAUUUGUAGUUUACAAAUGACGCCACAUUGACUAAUAGGACAAAGUCCUCGAUUUAACACAAAGUGCCUCAAAACAUAUACAAAGUCACAAGCUCACACACACACUCACACAACGUGCUGGCUCCUUGGUAUGUGGUACAGCCUCUCCCUGUGGCUCUCUGUGUUCUGAGAGCGUCCUGAGUCUCUGUUUGGAGACAGGCGAGCACACAGAGGUCAGUACACAAUGCUAAUGUCCCUGUCAGGGCUGAAUACUGAAAAGCCCCUGAACAUUACACUCACCUUUAAUCCACUGCAGUGCUGUUGCACGCUGGCAGCCUGCGUCGAACUUGAAACCCACAUUAACGCUUCAGAGUUUUGGCAAUUCAAAGCAGUCAGCAGGACACAGAGCUUUUCUUGUAGCUGGCCUGACCCAGACAGAUGGAAAAUGAGAUAAUGAGGCAAAUGAAAGCAGAUGAGGCUGAAGACAAGAGAUAACAAAGAGAGGAGGGAGUGAAGAGAGAAACACAGAAAAAAGUUUGACAAAGCAGUUCAAGUUUUUUCUUCCGUUUGUGCGUUUUACUUUCUUUCGCUGUCAAAGAGCGGAUAUUGGCGAAUUUCAGUCAUUUCCAUCCUUCAUCUGCCGUUUUCUUUCUAGCAGUGAAAUGGAACUCGUCUCAUCAAGUGAUACCAGAUUGUAAACAAGUGCAGUCAUCUCACCCCAUUUGUAGAAAUGUUCACUUCCUGUGCUGAACAGGCUGCUGUCGCUGUGUCCCGCACAGAGCGAACCCGAGCACGAGCUGUUCCUACCAGGCUUGACAAGUCAAGAGAGGACAAAAUGGAAAGAAAGGGAGAGGGAGGGAAGAGGGAAGAGGGGAGAAAAUUAGAUGGAGAAAGUAGGAGACAUACAAGGAAUGGGCAAGAAAAGAGACAAGAGAGAUCGAGUGCACAGUUAGAAGGAAGUGAGUGAGUUGGUUUAAAUGGUUUCCAGACUGGGUACACGGCCCCUGAGUAGAGCUGGUGAGCGAAGGAGUGUGAAAUGUGACUGGAGGGAGCUGGAAUUUGGAGCAAUGGAUUGAUUUCUGGGAGUUCUUAUCCUUUAGUAGUGUGUGGUGUUUUGGGGGUGAAUUUAUUUUUCUGUUUUUCUGAAUAAACACGGACCAGAGCAGUGAUAUCCUAGGUGACCAAAACAAGUGUGUGUGUGUGUGAGGACCAAUCCAUGCUGAGCUUAAAAGUUGAUGUUAUUGGCUUGAUUGGCACCCUCCCUUACUCCUCCUCGUCCCAGCCAUGUCCUCUAUCUCUCUUUCUCUCUCUCUCUUCCUUUCUCGUUCCUUGUUUUUAUCCUUCCUAACUCUCUCUACCCAAACACUCUGUCAAUCCUCUCGUUUUCUCUCCCUUUUCAUUCCACGCUUGUGUCCUGUGGUUUCUUAGAAGCUCACAGAGAAUAGACACAUCAGUUGAAGGGAGAUAUUGAGACCGGAGAAACAAGAUAAGAGAAAGAGAAGUGAUGUUAAAACAUGUCACACUGACUGGGAGUCAGACUGAACACUGUCUCUUGACGGCACACUCAGAUCCUCCCAUUGCUGAUCGAGCUAACAGCAUCUACACCGAUAGAGUUAGAACUUGGCAGCCAAACAACUGUAAUGGACUCAAAUGCCAGACACAAAAGUUUUACCUGUCACUUUCACCUGACAGCUUUGCAGUUGUCGUUUUAUUUUCCUCUAUCUCUGGCUCUUGUUCCAUCUCUCUCUUCCUGCUCUGCUUCAGUGUUGUCCUGUUUGGCGUCUGGGUUUCAUUUCCACGCUGCGCUGCUUUUCUGUUUCGCCGCUGAUGGCUGACUGCUGCUGUGGAGCGGUGAUGUCAUUGUUGAUAGUUGGUGGGAUAUGAUUUUGGCAGCUCGCACGAGUGGAUUCAUCACAGCAGACAGAAGGUCUGUUUUACGUGAGACUGCAGCUCUGACAGGAAAGACAAGGGAAUGAAAUUGUGAAGAGACGUAGCGUGUCUUAAUGUCCGUGUAGAUUCUCAUUCAUCCGGGUCAUGGUUUUCUUGAAGACUCCAAAAACAGGCAACUGGACUCUGUAGAGUCCAGUGUCAGAAUCCAGAGUCCUGUGUCAACUCUACACAGUCCAGUUGCCUGUUUGUGGAGUCUUCAAAACAUACCAUGCCUUGUGUGAUCUGAGAAUCAUGUAAAGCUAUGAAGGAGGUAUCAGAAAGGAAGUAUAGAGUCUGAGAAGAAAUGCAUAAUGUCCCAUAUUUAAACAUUCAUUAAAUAACAAGAGAGCCAUGUGUUUGACGACAGAGUCUUUCUCAGCAGUGUGGUGAAGGUAGCUGUUAUCAUCAUUCGCGGUGUCCCGAUACGACUUUUUGACUUCCGAUACAUUGUAGCCUUCAAUGUUUACAGAUUCCGAUAUUGAUCCAAUAUUUGCACAAAAUUGUGCAUGACAAGUUUUUCACUGAGCUUCAAUGUGUUUUUCAGACUUAAACAAAAAAUACUGCCACUCGGCCGACAUCACUCUUACUCCUUGCUAUUUUGUCAGUACCUCAGUACACACUGUUGUUGUGAUUUUGUGGGCUCUGCUUGCUGGAUCAUGAGCUGCUUGAUAGAGGUAUCAGAGCGAAGUCUGGAAUGGAUUGCUUGUAUCAGAGAUUUUAGAUGCAGGCCGAUAUAAUCUGACAUGUUUUUUUGCUGAUAUCAGACCAAUAUCAGAUAUCAAUAUCAUAUUUGGACACCCCCAGUUAUCGUUAGCCUAAAGCAUGCAGACCUAGCUUCACAACAGAUUAUUAAUUGGACUAAAGACCUAAAUGCCAAAGAAAACUGUGCAAAAAUCUCUUUAUGUGGUCCAUUUAGGUGAAAGCAGUUCUUGACAGAGUUCUUGCAGUUCUCUUCUCCUGGAGACACAAUAAGUCUGGAGAAAUCUAGAUCUCCCCAGAGAAAGCAGACAGGCUUAUAUUUUCGGCUCAGGAACUCAGGAAAAAUAUAUCAUGAAAUUGAUUUGAGGCCAUAUUGCCCAGCCCUACCUUGUUCACUUGUUCUGUCUGAGAGUGUAUUCAAAGACAACUGCUAAAGAGAAAAAACAUUUUUGAGUUCAUUUUGGUAAACAUAAAGACAAACUCUAUCUUGAUCUAUUUCUUUCCAAACACACGUUCAUGAUUUUUUUCCUCUCUUUCCUCAGGACUUUAGGUGGCCUCUCUUCAUCUCCCCUCACCCCACCUUCCUCAUCUAUGGAUCUCUCCACGUCGCAUCCUCUCUCACCGACAACCACCAACUCACCGAGCGUUUUCCCAGAAACUUGGUUGCCCAUGACGAUGAGCCAGGACUUCCUCCAGGUGCCAGUCUCACGGGAAGAUCGCAGCUACAGGACGGUGUACAGCCUUUUCCACAAGACGGUUUCCGAGACCAAGUUCAGAAUCAUCAAGAUCCAGCGUGUGCAAAAUCCGUUCCUCUGGGAGAAGUACAAGAGGUGAGCCAAGGAUGGCAAAUAUUUACUAGAGCCUCAAACUCAUGGUUCAUUUCCAGCAGUCACCACCUGUACCCAUGACUCAAGGGUUUACAAAGACAUUUCUGAUGUCAGCUGGGUUGAGUUUCCCUUAUUUUUAGGGGAAACAUUAUCUAUGUUACAUGUUGUAGCAUAUGACCUUAAAUGUACUGGUGUUCUAUAGAGCACAAGUCUGUUUGCAUGAAUUCAAGUCUCCACAGGAAUGAAGUUUGAAAGUAACUCAUGUUGUAGUCAGGAGAUUUGGAGAUCUAAGAUAAGGUCAAGGCUUUAAUAACCAAAAUCAGUCUUCAUGUGUCUCUUUUUAGGAUAUUAUGAAGGCAUGAUAAGUGCUUAAGUUUGCUGAAACAGAAGUGCAGUGUGGUUGUCCCUCUUUUGAUCUUAUUCUGCAGUCUCACCAAACUGUGUGUAAACUUUUGUAUCCAGAUUUCAGUCGUUGAACUUCAGAAUACUUUCCAAAGAGCUGCUGCUUUUUUUACUUGCAGACAGCAACCAGAAGAAAAAAAAGAUAUGUCUUAACAACAAACACAAGGCUUUUCAGAACAAUGUGAGAGCAGGAAGAAAAUAUGAAAAUAGGGCAAAUGGGACCAGCUGUGCAGGAGUUCGUGAGAAGGGGUCCGCAGUGGUGUGUAAAUGCAGCAGAGAGAGAGAUGUUUGGUGAUGAUGAUGCUCAUUUUGAGAACGCAGCAGGGUAACCGCUAUGGUUGAAGACGGGCAGGUCGUAUCAGCUGUGACAGUUAAAUUCUCUGACACGAACUGGUACCACAAGGUUUCACAAUGACUGACAUUGUGUGCUUGUGUGUGUCAGGCUCUGAAAGUGAUGCUUCCUCUGAAUGCAAGAUGAUUUCCUCUUCCCACACUCGGGUGAUACUUUGUGUCUGUGUGUGUGUACCAUAAAUUGCCGGUUGUUGAUUUGAAAGGAUGUUGAGCUGCUACAUCCUAAAAUUGAGACCAAAAUUGCAAAGCACUAAACUGCAGUGUGUGUGUGUGUAUGUGUGCGCAUGUGUGGAUGCGUGCAGUGUCAGUCUGUGUCAGGUCACAGGCUGCGGGGUCACGGGAGGUCAUGCCCGGGUCAGAGCGGCUCUUUUCGCCUCUGUAUGCCUGAUUGAUCCGCUCACAUCAAACAAGCUGUGUGUGAGUGAGUGCACGUGUGUGUGCGCGUGUGCGUGCAUGUGUCUGUUGCUCAAGAAAACGGAUUAGGCCAAAUGGUCUUACCAGGCUUUAGAGCAAACAAGGACAUGAUCACAACUUUUGAAUCGAAACAGCAGGACUGCUUCCAGCUUUUGACUUAUUCAGUACCUAAGAGAUGAGCUGUCUUUGUACAUUAGCACGUUCACUUCAAGAAAUGAAGCAUUAUUUGAUGUAAUUGAAUUUUACUCUCUGUCAUAUUUUGUCUUAAUUUCAAACAAACUCAGGCGAAGUUCAUCAACAAAAUGUCUAUUUCUGUCUCUGUCUGCUCUCACAGGAAGAAGGAGUACAUGUCGCGGCGUAUGUCAGAGAUGGAUCGACUUCUGAGCGAGCGCCACCUCUUCCACGGCACCUCGGCUGACGUUGUAGAGGGCAUCUGCAAGCACAACUUCGACCCCCGGGUCUGCGGCAAGCACGCCACCAUGUUCGGCCAGGGCUCCUACUUUGCUCGCAAGGCUGUCUACUCCCACAAUUUCUCCAAGCGCUCACCUAAAGGAGUUCACUGCAUGUUCCUCGCCAAAGUCCUCACUGGCAGGUGUGUGUAAAAAUAUUGUAGACUUUUGUGAUUAAAGUCUUAUUUCUCCUUCUACUUUCCACUUUACGGUAAAGGGUGGGGAUUAAAAUUAAAUGCUAAAUGUGCAGCAUUUUAAAUAACAAAAAAAUGCAAUAAUUCAGAUCAUAGAAUACUUAUCAUUUAGAAUAUGGAUUGAGCAUUUUCUCAUGCUUUAAAAUGACCAGUCUUGCCUGCUGAUAGCACUGUAAUACAACAGAGAUGCCUAUCUUUACUCCCUGCUGUCUUACAUAUUUCUACCUCCUUUAAGUGGAAGUAAAUGCAUCAAAAUUUGGUCAAUCUUACUGCUGUAAGAAUCAUUUUCCAAAAACAUCAUUUUCAUUAUCAUCAUGGAUUGAGCUGCUUAAUACUUCUCUGUUUCAGUCAAAUUUCGUAGCUAAGACUCCACGCUUGUAAUUCUGCUGGGAAUUAUUUACUUUUGGAUUUUGUUAUGAGGUUUUAAUAGGAUCACAUGUUAAGUGUCUCCAGAAGAGAAGUUGCAUUCAAACCUUGUUGCCUACUCACUGUUGUAGUGCUUUCAAAUUACAUUACAGGUCUUAAUUUUGGAUCAAGAGGAUCCCGUAGUUCUUUCUCAUAAACCAUCAUUUGCGCCAUUCUCCCUGUGUUCCUUAAAUUAAAGUCAAAUCUAGAGGCACACAUGUAAAAAUAACUGAUUUGGCUGAACCUAUCAUACAUUUCAAACUUUGUAGCAGCAGAAGAUGUGAAAACUCACCAAACCUGGUUGAAUGUUUUCACAAGACAGAGACAUUGCUUCUAGACGAAGAAAGAAGUUAUCUUUACCGUACAUCCAAUCAUAUCUGGCACACAGACACUGAAACAUCUCUGCUCCAAAUGUCCUGAUUUUAAGAUGCUCACACAUCCCAAAAGAAGAAGCAACAGCCCUCUGGCCUUGACAUGAAUAUUUAAGAGAGGACAAAGAAACUGAUGACUUUGCCUCUACUUUACUUACUGUACAUGGAUAUCAUUUGAGGUGAUCAAACAUACGAAGGAGCUGAAAGCUUUUUUCAUUAAAUUCAGAUGAGACUCUCUCUUUAAAUUGUAAAUGAUAUUUUUGUAAGCUGCAUCUGUGAUCUGAGAGUAUUUUCCUACAUGUAAAUUAGAAUGAAAAACUAAAAUUAAUCCAGUUUUGCUCUAAAAGGACUUGAUGUUUUUACAACAUAACUAACAAAUACACUGUACCUUUUGCUGUGUUCACACAGGUUCACUGUUGGGAAUCCCUCCAUGCGGCGACCUCCACCUAUCAAUCCUCGUGACGCCUCCAGUGACCUUUAUGACUCCUGUGUUGACAACUGGGUGGACCCUCAGAUCUAUGUCAUCUUCAAUGAUGACCAGAGCUAUCCUUACUUUAUCAUCCACUACGAGGAGGUACCCAGUACUGUUGCUGUCUAAGACCCAGAUCAGACCUGGCUUUGUCUGCAUUUGCCAAUACUUAGCGACAGUUUGUUUUAGUCUGUUACAGAGCUGGAUGGGUGGAGUUAGUUUCUGAAGAUGAAAGGAAAACGAUUAGACCAACGACGAGCUGAAAUUUAGAAUCCUUUUUUUUUUUUAAAGGCUUAACCUCACCCAUCUGCUGCUCUUAACAGGUUAAAACAAUCUAAGACAUGCUUGCAAAUACACAGGGAUUUAGGUCUGCAGUAAACUGGAUCCAACCAGACUGAUCUGCAAUCAGGAACAACAGACUGGUCUAGACCGUGUUGAACUGGAUAAAACUGGACUUGCAAAAAACAACUGUUUUCAUCCUACAUUCAGAGCUGGAUGACAGUUGACAACAGCUGCACCCACAGCAGACUUUACUUGACCACUCUCUGUUUUUUUAAGAAUAAACAGGAGACUCAUGAUGAUCACCAGACAAGAGAGGAUCUAAGUUACCGAUCUGGAGCAGGUGUAGGAAAACCAAACAUAGUCCUCUUUUCAUUUUGACGUAGUCGUAUGGCUGUAAGUGAACUGGCAGAUGGACGAUUGCUGUUGUAGACAGUGAGUGUCCUAUCAGUACUGUGAAUGACCGAGUGGUUGUAUUAUUAUAGGAAGCACCCAGCCAAUCAAACGCUUCCAUAGAGAAACCAAGAUGACUCUGAUCUGAGUCGCUCUUACAAAAAUCAGAGUGUUUACCCGGCCUCUAGCCCAUGUUUUUUUUCCCCUUUCAAAUGUUUGUGCAGUGUGUUUGAACCCUUUGAUUUAGCGGACAUAAUUCUUGUGGCCUCUUCAAACAGUCAUGGACACGAGUUUCAGCGGGCCUUUUAAAAACUGACAUCCACGUACUGUAAACCUCCAGGCAGAGGUUUCACAUGAAGCCAGAGCUGUUCCCGGUUGGUGAUUUUGCCUUUGAGCCCACUGCUUUAGUUCCUCAUGGGGGGGAUCGAGGAGAGUACAGUGUCAUGCUUAGACUGUGCUGCUGCGGCACCGUCUGCGCUGUAGCGUUUCGCCAACAACCCCACUGAAACUUAUCUCUCUUGGACGGCUUUCUUGCUCAGAGACUGUAGUUCUGUUUUAUUGAGACAAACUGUACAGACGUUUUCUUUGUUUAUAUUUGAACUGUGUGCCUUUUGUUCAUAAAAGUUUUAUUUAUGUUAGUUUAAUGUAACAUUGAUUGAAUAAAAACUCUAAAAGAAAA